UAACUUUACAAUGGCCUCUAAGUGUUCAGGUGAAAGGAAGAGUCGCACAUCUCUCACUUUAAAUCAAAAGCUAGAAAUGAUUAAGCUGAGUGAGGAAGGCAUGUCGAAAGCUGAGAUAGGCCGAAAGCUAGGCCUCUUGCGCCAAACAGUUAGCCAAGUUGUGAACGCAAAGGAGAAGUUCUUGCAGGAGAUUAAAAGUGCUACUCCAGUGAACACACGAAUGAUAAGGAAGCGAAAUAGCCUUAUUGCUGAUAUGGAGAAGGUUUUGGUGGUCUGGAUAGAAGAUCAGACCAGCCACAACAUGCCCUUAAGCCAAAGCCUGAUCCGGAGCAAGGCCCUGACUCUCUUCAACUCUAUGAAGGCUGAGAGAGGUGCAGAAGCUGCAGAAGAAAAGUUCGAAGCUAGUAGAGGUUGGUUUAUGAGGUUUAAGGAAAGAAGCCGUCUCCAUAAUGUGAAAGUGCAAGGUGAAGUAGUGGGUGCUGAUGCAGAAGCCACAGGUUACCCAGAUCUAGCUAAGAUGAUUAAGGAAGGUGGCUACACUACACAACAGAUUUUCAAUGUUGAUGAAACAGCCUUAUAUUGGAAGAAAAUGCCCUCUAGGACUUUCAUAGCUAGAGAGGAGAAGUCAAUGCUUGGCUUCAAAGCUUCAAAGGACAGGCUGACUCUAUUGUUAGGGGCUAAUGCAGCUGGUGACUUGAAGUUGAAGCCAAUGCUCAUUUACCAUUCCGAAAAUCCUAGAGCCCUUAAGAAUUAUGCAAAAUCUACUCUGCCUGUGCUGUAUAAAUGGAACCACAAAGCCUGGAUGACAGCACAUCUUUUUACCACAUGGUUUACUGAAUAUUUUAAGCCCACUGUUGAGAACUACUGCUUAGAAAAAAAGAUUCCUUUCAAAAUAUUGCUGCUUAUUGACAAUUCACCUGGUCACCCAAGAGCUCUAAUGGAGAUGUACAAUGAGAUUAAUGUUGUUUUCUUACCUUCUAACACAACGUCCAUUCUGCAGCCCAUGGAUCAAGGAGUAAUUUCAACUUUCAAGUUGUAUUAUUUAAGAAAUACAUUUCGAAAGGCUCUAGCUGCCGUAGAUAGUGAUUCCUCAGAUGGAUCUGGGCACAGUAAACUAAAAACCUUCUGGAAAGGAUUCACCAUUCUAGAUGCCAUUAAGAACAUUCGUGACUCAUGGGAAGAGGUCCAAAUAUCAACGUUGAUAGGAGUUUGGAAGAAGUUGAUUCCAACCCUCAUAGAUGACUGUGAGGGGUUCAAGACUUCAGUGGAGGAAGUAGCUGCAGAUGUGGUGGAAAUAGCAAGAGAACUAGAAUUAGAAGUGGAGCCUGAAGAUGUGACUGAGUUGCUGCAAUCACAUGAUAAAACUUUAACAGAUGAGGAGUUGCUUCUUAUGGAUGAGCAAAGAAAGUGGUUUCUUGAGACAGAAGCCACUGGUGAGGAAGCUGUGAAGAUUGUUGAAAUGACCACAAAAGACUUAGAAUAUUACAUAAACUUAGUUGAUAAAGCAGCAGCAGGAUUUGAGAGGAUUGACUCCAAUUUUGAAAGAAGUUCUACUGUGGGUAAAAUGCUAUCAAACAGCAUUGCAUGCUACAGAGAAAUUGUUCAUGAAAGGACGAGUCAAUUGAUGUGGCAAACAUCCUUGUCUUAUUUUAAGAAAUUGCCACACCAACUCCAGCCUUCAGCAGCCAGCACCCUCAUCAGUCAGCAGCCGGCAACAUCCAGGCAAGACCCUCCAGCAAAAAGAUUACGGCUCACUGAAGGCUCAGAUGAUGGUUAGCAUUUUUUAACAAUAACUCAUUUUUAAGUUAAGGUAUUCACACUUUUUUUUAAUAGACACCCGUAAAGGACUACAGUAUAAUGUAGAAAUAAUGUUUAUAUGCAUUGGGAAGCCAAAAAUUUGUGAGACUUGGCAAUAUUCAUUUUUACUGCAGUGGUCUGGAACCAAACCCUCUAUAUCUCCAGGAUAGACCUGUCAUUGUCUUUAAUUGGAUUUCUCUCACCCUUUGUUCUUCCCUCCCCUCAUUUAAAAACUGUAAAUUAUGUACAUACCAAAGACAAUGUAAUCCUAAAAUGAACCUAUCUGUGGUCUGAAAAUGUUGAACAUGACCAAUAUCGUUAUAGCUAUGUCUGUGCUCCUUACAAUCCCAUCUCAUCCCCUUGAUUCCCCACCAGAGGUAUCAACCAUCCUCAAAUUCAUGUUUGUCUUUUUCCUGUUGUAUGACGUUUUGCUGCGUUUGUAUAAAUGUAUGCACAAAGAUACUGUUUAGUCGUGCUUGUUUUUGAUGUUUAUUAAAAUGCAUCAUAUGUUUUUAAAUCUG